UUUUUUUGCCAGACGAGACACAUGAUUCGACCCCAACCUUGAUUGAUGUCAUUUUCCUUUCAUUCCUAUUUGUUCCUGGCCUGUGCUGGUGGACUUUCCUCGACAAUUCCGGCGGAUUACUUACUUUGGACUUUGAUUCUGUUUCUCUUUCUGUGGACGAAAAAAAAGUCGCCCCGCGCUGGCCCGCCGUUCAACUACUACUGCCCGGAUGCCCUGCAGCUUCAGCAGCACCACCAUCACCAUCACCAUCACCAUCACCAUCACCAUCAAUCAGUGUCCCCUUUCCCUGUGGUUCAACUGUUCAGCUUGACCCUCUGCUUAAUUACGGCAUCCUGUAUUCGCAAGAAACUUCCUUGUCCCAUCCCGUUGUCCUAUUGCUUCCUCGGCUUCGCCUUACUAGGCACGCUUGCCCCAACGGACUGGCAGAGUCCUUGGCUGUUAAAGAGAGCUUCUCAAGAUGAAGUUCGGCAAGCAGAUUCAGCGCAGACAGCUCGAUCUCCCGGAAUAUGCCGCCAGUUUCGUAAACUACAAAGCUUUAAAGAAGGUUGCUAGUGACAUAUCUUGGGCUCUGUGAGCGUCGGAACUAACAUCAACCCGAUAUAGCUUAUCAAGCAACUGAGUGCGACUCCGAAAAUCCCCGCCCAGAGUUCUGCGGGCAUUCAAGAUGUCCCCGAAGCACAGGCCGCGCUCCGCGCGAACAAAGAGGUGUUCUUCUUUCGACUGGAACGUGAAAUAGAAAAGGUCAAC